AUGGAGUCCAUGGUCAAGGAAUGGACGACUUUCUUGGACAGGUGCCUCGAGCGCCGCGUCCAACCUGACCUGUUCGCUGCAGCCGUCGCGCAGCUGCACGCGAAGUCUCCACUGCCUGGCCGGAAGCUUGCUGCUCUGGUCCUUCGACCACGCGUUGCAGGAUCCAACAGCGUCGACCCGCGCUCGAUAGUCUUCCUCGAGCAGUUACUAGCGCUUAAGAAGGUGGAUGCUUCUGAUGUUCUAACGCUGACGUUCUUGUACUCCAAGGACCGCCUUCCGGUCAAGACAGGCGACGAGAAACCUACCAAGGAGCCGCAAUGGGACAAUCCACCAGAACUCGAGGAAAUCGUCUUCCACCGCCUGCACAAGGCUUUUGCUGCCGAGGAACGGCCUAUCAACAAUACCGAAGGCUUGCGCACGCUUAUUGUUGUAACAAGAUGGAUGCAGGCGAUGAUCACUUCGCAUACCAGUGAUAGUAUGAUUCAGGCCAUGGCUGGUAUCCAACAGCCACAACAACACUCUAUCAACGUCCGGGAAGGACUUGCGAUGCUUGUGAUUGGCAUAAUAGAAAACUCAAGAAUUCUGCGGAUACUGAAUAAUCCCAAGGGGAAAGAUGUGCGCAAACAUUUUGUCCAGUCAUUCUCUUCAUUCAUCCCAUUUCUAUCCAACAACUCGGGCGGAUCGCAUCAGUCGUUGCAACUAGCUGAAAGACUUGAGCUCUCGCAAAAACGACACGACUUUUAUGAGAAGCUUCCCAAUAUGAACGGAGAGGGAAAUGGGAACGCCGGUCUCGAAGUCGCUGCACUUCAGCUCGAUGCCGUGAUGGAGCUUCCACAAGUGAAUACACGAGCCGGUCUCUACGUAUUUUUGAAUGCCUUGCUUGUCGCGCGGCCUCUUACUGAUGAUUUCAUCAUUAUCAAUUAUCUCCAUUCGCGAUACAAGCUGGAAGCACAAAACAUGGCCACGGACUUGAUUACUGCCGCUUUCGAUGUCCUUGCCAACGCCAUGUAUCGCAGUGAACCAACGCAGACGAUGUUUCCCCUGAAAUCGUUCCUGAUCAACAAAGUACCUUUACUCCUCGUACAAAUCUCCGGGUCGAUAUUCCCGAUGACAACAGAAAUGUGCGUCACCCAAGCACUCAGUCAUGUGGAUCCCCAUGCUUUCCCGUCUUUCUCGCAGGGGUUCGACGAUAUCAUGGGAAGUAACAACUCGCUCUCUGAUGUCAAGCAAGACUUCCUUAACGCUUGCGCGCUCCAUGGGCUCAUCCCAGCCGGUGCUGUAGAGCGGUUGCUUGGUGAAGCUCCUAUGCAAGGUCCUCCAUCGAAGAGAUACGAGAGGAAGGAAUUACUAAGCCAGUGCAAGUCGAACUUCGACAAAGUCAGCACAUACAUUGACGAGCUUGAGAGCCUGGACGGAAAUGCCGGGGCCAUCGUCGCUGCUGUCACAGAUCAACUGUCCUCGUUGAUAUUCAGGAAACCGCAAGCGAUGGAUGUCAUGCUUCAAUUCACUUCGCCGGCAAGCAUCCUGCGACCACUAUGCCAAUUCCUCGAUGAGUGGCACUACGACAGCGAUCAAGGUGAAUACCAACCGGUCUACGACGAGUUCGGCGCAAUACUUGUCCUCGUUAUGGCCUUUGUAUAUCGCUAUGAUCUUACAUAUCACGACAUUGGCAUCCAGCAUAAUACAUUUAUCGCCAAGCUCAUGAAACGCGGUCACCAUAGCAUGCUCCCCCAUGAGUUGAGCGAAGAACAGGGCAAGCAUCUCGGCAACUGGCUCAAAGGGCUCUAUGAUGCCGACAAGGAAGGGCUAAGCAAUGAGGUGUUUGCAUCCUGUCGGCCACAGGAUUUCUAUCUUAUAGUUCCGACACUUUUCAGGCAGACUGUCGUGGCAUGCUCGACAGGCGUACUGUCAUUUGAGUCGGUCAAAGGUGGCUUGGAAUAUCUCGGAGAGACUUUCCUAUUGCCAUCUUUGAUUGAAGGUCUCACGUGGAUGGCCUCCUACGCGCUUCUUCAAACACACAAGGACCUCGACUCAAUGAUACGCAUUUUCAAUGAAAUCAUACUGACUACUCCUUCUUCUGGCGACGCACAAACUAUGCACUCGACUAUAAUAGCGAUGGUGGCUAGUCGCCUGGAGAAAUGCUUCCGUACGCUACAGCGGCGCGAGCCAAAUCGCACGACACUUGAGCCUUUCAUCCAGGCGAUCAAAGUGCAUGCGCACUACGAACGUUCCAUAUACGCUAGCUUAAAGGAAGUGGACCAGUGGACGAAUGCGCCGAACAGCACUCUGAACACGUCUCUACGGCAUACAAUACAACAACUAUGUCAAUGGGCUUCGACUUCGUCGUUACAGCCGAACCCACCUGGCUACACACAUCGCCAAAUCUACGCAUCGCUCAAGAUGCUUGGUGCCACCAGAACGCUACGCGCAAUCAUAGAUGAGGUAAAAGCGCAGACCGAUGCUGGCAACGGAGCCGCCGCGCUUGACAUCGGCGUGUCCAUCAUCUGCGCCCCGACCGUUGAGGACAGUCCCAUCACAAUAGACUGGGUGGGAAGCUCGAUACCAGCGCCGCCUCAACAACGAACCCGAAUGAAUCUCCGCGAGAUGCUCAAGCAGGAAUUCGAGAACGCAGCCAAUCUGGUCGCGACAGAUCCUCUGACUGCAGAGACGAUAGUGCGUCUACACCGCCGAGUAGAAGCGCACUUUGCCUCCCUCAGCGAAGCCGGCCUCCAGGCACCACCCAUCAACAUACCGAGUGUCAACAUCGGGGAUAUGCAAUCGCAAACUAUAUCCGAUGAUCUGAACCGAGCCAUCGACGAUGCAGCAGCCGCGACGGUGGUAGACGACAUUUCCAAUAUGGAUAACAAAGCGCUGCAACGCAGUAUGGACGAACUCACUGGUGCCGAAGGCUUGGACCUGUCAAACAUCGGCAUGGGCAAUGGCGAUACAGGCGCAGGCGAUAUGAGCACAGAUCUAGGUAGCUUACCUGGUAUGGAUCUGGGUGACAUGGGUAGUAUGGGCAUGGAUAUGGAUAUGGACAUGAAUAUGGAUAUGGGCGGUGGCGGAGGAGAUGACGACUGGGGCUUGGAUUUCGAUAACAUGUAG